CAACUCAUAACUCCCCAACUCACAACUCACCAUCCACCAAAAUGAAACUCACCCUCUUCUCCACCAAAUCCUACGACACCCACUACUUCACCACGACCCUCACAGCGGUGCAACCCACUAUCCCGGAGCCCAUCACGCUAACCGCGCACCCCUUCCCACUAACCCUAUCCACCGUCCCGCUCGCCCGCAACAGCACGGCCAUCUGCGUCUUCGUCAACGACACGCUACCGGCCCCGGUCCUCCACGCCCUCUGGGAAGCCGGCGUGCGCGCCAUCCUCCUCCGCUGCGCGGGCUUCAACAACGUCGACCUGCCCGCCGCCGAAGCGCUGGGCUUCUUCGUGGCGAACGUGCCGUCGUACUCGCCCGAGGCCGUGGCCGAGUUCGCCGUCGCGCUGCUGCAGACGCUCAACCGGAAGACGCACCGGGCGUACAACCGCGUGCGCGAGGGCAACUUCAACCUCGAGGGGUUCCUGGGGAUGACCCUCCAUAACAAGAAGGUCGGGGUGGUGGGGCUGGGCCGCAUCGGGAUGGCGUUUGCGCGGAUCAUGCGCGGGUUCGGGUGCGAGGUCGUGGGGUUUGAUCCGGUGCGGCAGCGGGGGUUUGCACGGCGGCAGGGGCAGCUGGGGACAGGUGGGGGGGAGGCUGAAGCUGGAGCUGGAGCUGAAGCUGGGGUGGAGGAGGGGCCAGCCGAGGCGGAGCAGGACGAAUUCACCACGCAGUUGGCAGGCCGCUACGUCGGCGCCGUCGCGGACCUGCUCGCGCAGUCCGACAUCGUCAGUCUGCACUGCCCGCUCACCGAGGCCACGAAGCACAUCGUCAACGCCGAGUCGCUGCGCGGGCUCAAGCGCGGCGCCAUCCUGGUCAACACCUCGCGCGGCGGGCUGAUCCACACGCGCGACGCGAUCGGGGCGCUCAAGGCCGGCACCCUGGGCGGGCUGGCGCUGGAUGUCUACGAGCAGGAAGGCGAUCUGUUCUACAACGACCACUCCGCGGAGAUUAUCCACGACGACACGCUGAUGCGGCUGAUGACCUUCCCCAAUGUGCUGGUCGCCGGCCACCAGGCCUUCUUCACGCAGGAGGCCCUCGGCGAGAUCGCCCAGGUGACGCUGUCCAACCUGGCGGACUUUGUGGGCAAGCGGCCGUGCCGGAACUCGCUGGUGCGCGAGGGCCAUUUGUUUGUGGAGGAGGAUAAGCAGCCGGUGCGGUUGUAGCUGCUGGUUAAUGGGGUGGGGUGGCUGUUAUCCACCUGUGUUCAAUUUCACUCCAGGGCGGCUUCUCGUGACGAUUGAUUAUCCAGUACGAGCAUCAUCUAGUUUGCAGGCUAGUCAUGUAUACGCUCGAUUUACUGAAUUCCAGGUGAAGCGUCAUUGAUUACAGCCGUUAUGAAUGCUUCCACAGGAGUCGCAGAAUCAGCAAUCUUGACACCUGUUUCCUCAUUGCCUGGGCGGAGCCAACCACGCAAUCUUCUAUCAAAGGCACACCAAGGCAGUCCAAGCAUUUGACCCAUUUGCAGCGCGGUCACAGAUUAGCUAGGCAGACACCCUGAAUACGGUGGGCUAUUGGUGCCAAUCUGCACCAGCCCCUAAUUCUGCUGGCAGUACGUACUAGUAGUCUAUUUAGCAACUACCAUUUCUGGGGCCUCUCCGUAAGGCUUCUUAAGCACCCACCACUUUGAGCAAGCCUUUGCACGUA